AUACUUCUCUCACAUGUUAAAAGUAUUUUAAGAAAACCGCUACGGCAGUGUGCAUCUAGUCACAUAUCUAGUCACCGCGCGAGCGCGGUUAUGUAGAAGAGAGGAGAGAGAAGAGAUAGAUAUACAUAUAGCUAACGUGCAUCCUCGAGGUAACGAGAGAACAGUUGUUAUACGGGAGUGGAUAUUAUAUAUAAUCCAAAAAAAAAAAAGAAACACCUACGAGGUUUAUAGACAUGUAUUUAUACGAGAAGUGUGCGGUGUGCGCGACGCGGGUGUAACUGAACACUUAUCUACGGACAAUAAUAAUAUCAUUUAUUAUCGUUUGUUCGUUUCUUAAUUUUAUCAUUGUCGUCGGACUUUUCGUCGCUUCUACCUGUGUAAAAACUAUCCGAUUGUCUUUCGUGAUAAACGUGGGCAAUUUAUUGGUUUUAUGUCGUUUAAACGUAUAAACAAAGGAGUAACAACUACCCUUGGUUGUGGAUAGAGGUAGUGGUGGUGGUGGUGGUGGUGGUUGGUGGUGUUGCACGUGCUAAACGAGAGUAAAAGAGGAAGAAAGAAAAAAAAAAACGAAACUUGAAAGACGAAAUAAUCCAAGACUAAAUUUUUCCAUCGAUCAUAUUUAAAUCCAACGAGUGUUCUUAGUCGGGAUGAGAAAAAAAUAUACGUAUUAUUUAAAAAUAAAGCAAAUACGUGUGAUAUUCUGUUUGUACAACGUCUAUUUUAUGUACACUUUGGCGUAAAAAAUAACGGUAACAAUCGUAAUGAUUGUCGAAUUAACCGUAACGUGUGACAAGUCAAUGAAUGAAUUAAUCGCUCGUGUAAUUGCGAUUUAAAACAUCGAGCGUGUCGACGGCAGUUAUCCAAUUCCCGCUGCGCAAACUAAAGCUGAAGAAGAAAAGAAAGAUAUGAAUAAAAAAAUUUUAUCAACAUUCCAUCCAUAAACCUGAUAUUAUAACAGCGUGAGUCUGUAUAACCCGCCGAUUCCAAGAAGAUAUCGAAAAUGGGUCGGAAGAAAAUACAGAUAUCCCGGAUUACGGAUGAACGGAAUCGACAGGUGACGUUCAAUAAGAGGAAAUUCGGCGUUAUGAAGAAGGCGUACGAACUCUCGGUACUUUGCGACUGUGAAAUAGCGCUGAUAAUAUUCAGUUCUAGUAACAAAUUGUACCAGUACGCAAGCACAGACAUGGACAAGGUCCUCCUAAAGUACACCGAGUACAACGAGCCCCACGAAUCGCUUACAAACAAGAAUAUAAUCGAGGCACUCAACAAGAAGGAGCAUAAGGGAGCGAUGUCGCCCGAGAGUCCGGAGCCCGAUACUGCCGAGUAUAAUCUCACGCCGCGGACCGAGGCUAAGUACAGCAAAAUUGACGAGGAAUUCCAAAUGAUGAUGCAGAGGAAUCAGCACAACGGCACGAGGGUUAUGGGACAGUCUAAUUACACGCUACCCGUCUCGGUGCCGGUUAACAGUUACGGAGAAUCUCUACUGGGUUCCAGUCCACAAAUGGCACACACCAGCAUCUCACCUAGACCUUCGUCGUCUGAAACAGAUUCAGUAUAUCCAUCGGGAGGGAUGUUGGAUAUGAGCAACGGUUAUCCACCGUCGGCGUCGCCGCUCGGCGGUUCACCGAGUCCCGGACCAUCGCCGGCGCUCGGCGUCGGAGGCGGGGGUGGAGGCAAAGGCAGUUCCUCGAGGCAUUCGCCGCAACCUCCCCCGCCGCCUCAUCCUCACAGAGCCAACCUGAGAGUCGUUAUACCUGCACCCCUUACACAGUCCUUGUCGGACGACAACAAUUACGACAGCGGGCAUUCGCAAUCUGCACUAAACACACCGGUUGUGGCGUUGCAGACACCCUCGGUACCAGCUGGAUACUCCAGUUUCGGACCGACCGAUUACUCGUCGGAUCUUGGGAGCCUGGCGUGGUCCCACCAGAGGUACGUUGAUGACUUGUCAAUGUAUUCGGCAGCCACCAUGUCCAGCAUCAGUGGUCUUCCGCAUUUGGCGGUAUCUAGCAGUACACCGCCACCAUCGACGUCGCCUCUACCGGUAAAAAUAAAGAGUGAGCCAAUAAGUCCUCCUCGGGACCCUCACGGUGGUGGAGGUCCGGGCGGUGGUAACCCGGGGUCGAUCCACCACUCGAGUCUCGGCGUUGGUCCGUCGUCGAGCGGCGGGGGUGGAGGAGGUGGAGGCGGGGGGCCGCAUCACGGACCCCACGGGGGCGUGCCACAGACAUUGAACUUAGUUUCGAGCAGACCUAACAGUAACCCGCCUCCAUCUCAUUCUGGCAGUAUAACACCGACGAAUUUACCAUCGCCUGGCGCUGCUGGCGGUGUCGGUGAUAUAAGGUCGAGUCAUCCUGGCGGUGGGGGUGGAGGUGGUGCUGGCAGUGGCGGAAAUAGUUCCGACUAUGAAAAUGGACCGCUAAUGAAACGGCCAAGGAUCACCGAGGGAUGGGCCACUUAGUACUACACCCCGUAGCAGCAGCAGCAGCAGCAGCAGCAGCAGAAUCAUCAUCACCAUCACCAUCAUCAUCAUCAUCAUCAUCACGAUCAUUACUAUCAACAUCAACAUCAACAUCAACAGCAGCAGCUGCAGCAGCAGCAGCCGCUGCGUCAGCAUCGUAAUCGGCUUAUUUCUCACAAAUCUCUAUCGUCCUACGACGGUACGUUGUAGUUAGCACGCGCGAUUCACCUUUUCUUUAUCUUUCUUUUUUUCCUUCUCCUGUUAUCUCUAAAGAACGUGUCACAUGUAUGUGUAAUACAUGCGUAUUAUACGCAAAUGCGGACAGGUGCGGAAUUCCGUUUUUAUGAAUGAAUACACACACACACACACACACGCAUGUUAGAUUGCUAAAAGAGAAAGAUGACAAAGAUGAUAUAGAAGAAGAAUGAAAGAAAAUUUUUUUUUCUAUAGUAACACGGUAUAUACACAGAAAAAUACAAGACGUGUAUAAAUCGUGCGCCCGCGAGAUCCGAGUGAAAAUUGCACGGAUUUUUUUAUGGUGACGUAAAGGUAAAUUAAAGAGAUUUAACCUUUUCUCUUGUCUCUUCUUUCUUUCUCGACCUCCUUAUUUUGUUUUGUCUGACGAUGAUAAUGAGGAAAUGUUUCAGGGAAGAAAGAAGGCGGUAGGAGGAAAGAUAAUUCGCAUAAGAACAAAUGAAGGGGAUUAAAAACAAAGAUAAUAAAAAAUAAAAAACAAUGAUUAUCUAAUGAAAUUGUGGUGCCAUAAUGUUGAAAUAUGUACGAUGGAUAUAUAUUAUAUUUUCAUGUAUAUAAUAAGAGGUGUUGUUUGUAUAUAUGUUACAUUUAUUAACGAUGGUGUUGUUACAUAAAUUUCGCCGUUCUGCCGUAUAUUAUAGUAGUAAUAUCGCGACGACGAUGACGAUGACGACGACGACGACGACGACGACGACGACGACGACGACGACGACGACGACGACUAUGACAAUAGUUACGGUGGCGUACCUAUAUGUAUAUUUAUAUACAUUUAAUUAUGUAUAACUUUCAACCAUAACGUUGUGCUAUCACACUCUGUACACGGGAUAUCUAUAGAUACAUACCUACAUGCAUACAGAUAUAUGCACAGAGAGAUAGAAACGAGAAAAUAUCACGGCUCACACACACAAAAACGUAUCCUGGAAAAUGACGUUGUUUUUUCUUCUCUUAUUACCUGUAUCGUAAUGGUCGAAUAUCGUAUUGUGUAGGUAGGUUUAUGAAUGAAAUUUGAAUCGAAAGUUUUAAUAAUAAUAACAACAAAUAUAAUUACCAAGAGUUGAUUAGUAGACCAAUUAUCAAAGCUUGCAAUACGUUGUUCAAUGUAUACAUAUAUAGUAUAUCCGCACAAACUUUUGUAUGUUCUUUUUUCUCUCUAUUUUCUCUUUCGAUAAAAUUGGUUGCGGGGACAGAACCAGUCAGAUAUCCAACGUACACCGGAUAUAUGAUAUACAUACAUAUGUGUACUACUUAUAUUGUAUAAAUAUCUCACACAUAUUUUUGUAAUUGUUAAUUCCGUUGAUUGGUGUUGAUUCAGAUGAAUACACGGCGCUGCUAAUGUAAACAGUAAGAGAAAAAUUUAUAAAAACAGAACCAAAAUCGCAAUUAAAAUCCUUUUAAAUCGCCGUUUACAAUUGAUGUGUUUCCGAUCAUCUAUCGUCUUACACAUUUACCUGUAUUCUGUUUUUAUGUACCGAAAAGGAAUUUCAAAUUCUCGGUUGAACUCGUUGUUUAAAAGGAAAAAGGGAAAAUAAUGAAAAAAGAAACGACGAAGAAUUUCAUCUGUUUUAUAGGAAGUUGGAAUUUUAUUUUUAAAAAAUUCGAUCACGUAUGCUACCAUCAUCACUAUUGAUAUUACUAUUACUGCUAGACUGGCAUACAGAGAUUUGAAAUACAAGGAAUAACGGAUAGAGAAGGAAACGUGUGAGAAAUGAUAUUUUGGCAGUCAGAUGGAAAGAAAGUUUUGAACAAUGUCGAUAUGAAUGAGCUUGUACGGUUAAGAUGAAAUUUUAAAUAAUUUUUAUAUGGAUUUCGCGGAAAACAAAUAAAAAGUGCAAUACGUGUGCCAUGCGUUACCUUUUAUUAUUAUUAGUAUUAUUAUUAUUGUUCUUUAUCUCUUUUCUCACGAAAGCCUGCGUCUGUCCAGUUUUCAUAUCAAAUAAUAAGUAUAGUAAUAAUUAUUAAGUUAUUGACAGUUCUCAAAAACUACGAUUCGCAUCACACACUCGAUACCUUGUUUGACAUUGGUAUAUAAGUAUGAUUAUCGUUCGAAAUUAUUACACACGCAAAUGCGCGUUACACAAUUAACAAUUGAUUCAACAAAAUCGAAAUCAACCAGAGUUUAGAUUAUCAGAUAAGUACACGUGCGUAUAUGUAUGUAUAUAUAUGUAUAUAUGCAUAUGUUUUUGUGAUUAUCAUUAUCAAUGUGAACUGUUGAAGGGUUUAAAGAAAGAGAAAAGAGGGGUAUAGAGAGAAAGUCAGAGUGUGAGCGAGAGAGAGAGAGAGAGAGAGAGAGAGAUAAUUGAUUGAAUUAGCAAUUUGAAGAAAAAAGAUUAAAAUAUAUGUAUGUAUGUGUAUAUAUAUAUAUAUACUUAUAUACUUAUAUAUAUAUAUAAGUAUAUAAUACAGAUACAAUAUAUUAGAGUUAUACAUUUUCCACGAGUAUUUUGCACAUUUUAUAUAUAUACAUAUAUAAACAAAAAGUAUAAACGGAUGAAAAAAACAUGAAAAAAGAAAAAACAAAAAAAAAAAAAUGUUUAAAAGUAAAUAUAAGUGAAAAACAAGUCAUUUACUAAGAUGAAAAAUUUGUUUUUCUUCUCAUCAGACCACUGCUUAGGCAGUUGCAAUUUCUAAUGUCUGUAAAACUACAAACAGAAAGGAAACACUUUUGUAGAAGCACGUUUCGCAAGAUUGCGCCUCGACGUUGAACGUUCAAGGGGCUCAGUUCACUUUUGAGUAGCAAUUGAUUUACGAUUGUUUAUCUCGUUUUUCAAUUAUUCAAUGUUUAAUUUUUGAUCACACUUUAAGGGUGCCCUCAGAUAAUUCGAUGGUUUAAAUGGAGAAGUGUCAAGCUUGAUUCAAUCUUCUGAUGAAAAAAGAAAUAGAAAAUACCUUUACAGCAUACAUUGUCACAUUUGUGAAGAAAAAUUGAAUACCCCGUGAAAUCGUUCAUUUCUACCAUUCAUCCACGCAUGUCCCAUUACGGCAGCAGCUUGACCAAAGAUAUAAAUUAUUUGUUCCCCUCAAGCGUUGGCAUAAUCUUGCGAGAUUGUUUUCUGAAAUCUUAAUUACGUUUACACCUAUAUAUCUAUCAUUAUCAUUACUAUUAUUAUUGCUACUGUUACGAAAAAAAGAGAAGAAUAUACAUUUAUUUGUACAUACGUGUAACACACACAUAUAUAUAAAUGUAUAUUUUUUUUUUGUCGAGUUAGAGAGAGAGAAAAAAAUUUGAGGUAAUUAUGCGGAGUACACAGGUAUUUGAAUAAUAGUGCCUGACACCUUUUGUGGCCCUCCCGACUCCUGUCGUACGUUUACGUAAUAGAGAUAUAUAAUACUAUAUUGUAUCGUGUAUGGAAAAAAAAAAAAAAAAAAAAAAAUACAGAGAAGAUAUGAAGAAGAAGAAAUAACGACUAAUUAUCACGUACCAAGUAAUUGAUGAAAAAUUGGAGAGAAAAAAAAAAAAACAAAAAAAAACGUUGGUCCUAUUACCUAUGUGUGAUGAAAAAUUAUAGAUGAAACAAAAUUAAAUAAACCAAAAACAA